UUACAUUAUCUACUCUUUUUCUUUUUACCCCAUUUUAUCUAAAUAAUGUAGUCUUUUACUGCAGGAGCCAACUUUAGAAAUAUGGUUGCCAUGGCAAUACAAUAUUGAAUGCAUUUAGCAGCUUGCAUCUUGCCACAACAUUUUUAUUAAUAGUCGUUUUGCUAGUAAUGUGCGAUACCACUGAUUAUCUUUCUGAUCCGAUACCGAUUAAAAUUCAGGUUGGUAACGGCGAUACUGAUCCGAUACGAUACUUGUGCCAACUAACCUCAUCUGUCUGAUAAAAUGUAAAAAAAGUAGUGUAUUUCAAGUGUUGCUGCUCAUGGGGAAUCAUCUUCAGACGAUAUGAAAUCAUAAUAUUUGGUCACCGAGCGAUUCAAGUUGAUCCCAGCAGGCACGAGACAUUGAUACAACGUUGAUUAUGCAUAUGUUUUUCAAAUCUGACUAUAAAACAACGUUGCAAUAUAGUUGUAUGCGUAAAUUGAGACAACAUUGGGGUCCAAUGGUGUGAUCCACGUUGUUGGUUGGGAAAUGACCAAAAUUCAACGGUCAAAUGAACAUCAGAACCCGACAUUGAUUAAAGGUCGUCAAAAAGCAUGUUGUUUCAACGUUGUAUUUGUGUUGUAGAAUAUUGGUUGGGAAAUUACCAAUAUUCAAUGGUCAACUCAACGUGACAACCUGACGUUGAAUAAAUGUCGUCAAAAAGCAUGUCGUUUCAACGUUGUAUUUUUGUUGUGGAAUAUUGGUUAGGAAAUAUUCAAUGGUCAAAUCAGCGUCAGAAGCCAACAUUGAUUAGACGUUGUCAAAAAGCAUGUUGUUUCAACGUUGUAUUUGUGUUGUAGAAUAUUGGUUGGGAAAUGACCAAAAUUCAAUGGUCAACUCAACGUGACAACCUGACGUUGAAUAAAUGUCGUCAAAAAGCAUGUCGUUUCAACGUUGUAUUUUUGUUGUGGAAUAUUGGUUAGGAAAUAUUCAAAGGUCAAAUCAGCGUCAGAAGCCAACAUUGAUUAGACGUUGUCAAAAAGCAUGUUGUUUCAACGUUGUAUUUGUGUUGUAGAAUAUUGGUUGGGAAAUGACCAAAAUUCAAUGGUCAAAUCCAACAUCAGAACCCGACAUUGAAUAGAUGUCGUCAAAAAGCAUGUUGUUUCAACGUUGUAUUUAUUUUCUAAAAUACUGGUUAGAAAAUGACCACAUUUCAAUGGUCAAACCAACGUCAUAACCCAACAUUGAUUAAACGUUGUCAAAAAGUAUGUUGUUUCAACGUUGUAUUUGUGUUGUAGAAUAUUGGUUGGGAAAUUAGCAAAAUUCAAUGGUCAACUCAACGUGACAACCUGACAUUGAAAUAAUGUCGUCAAAAAGCAUGUUGUUUCAAUGCUGUAUUUGUGUUGUGGAAUAUUGGUUAAAAAAUAUUCAAUGGUCAAAUCAACGUCACAACCCAACAUUGAUUAAACGUUGUCAAAAAGCAUGUUGUUUCACCGUUGUAUUUGUGUUGUAGAAUAUUGGUUUGGAAAUGACCAAAAUUCAAUGGUCAAAUCCAACAUCAGAACCCGACAUUGAAUAGAUGUCGUCACAAAGCAUGUUGUUUCAACGUUGUAUUUGUUUUCUAAAAUACUUGUUAGAAAAUGACCAAAUUUCAAUAGUCAAACCAACGUCAUAACCCAACAUUGAUUAAACGUUGUCAAAAAGUAUGUUGUUUCAACGUUGUAUUUGUGUUGUAGCAUAUUGUUUGAGCUAUGAGCUAUCUCAAUCAAUCAAUCAACCACAUUUCAAUGGUCAAAUCAACGUGACAACCUGACAUUGAAUAGAUGUCGUCACAAAGCAUGUUGUUUCAAUGUUGUAUUUGUGUUGUAGAAUAUUGGUAAGGAAAUAUUCAAUGGUGAAACCAACGUCCGAACACAACAUUGAUUAAACGUUGUCAAAAAGCAUGUUGUUUCAACGUAUUUGUAUUGUAGAAUAUUGGUUGAGCUAUGACCAAAUUUUAAUGGUCAAAUCAACGUGACAACCUGACAUUGAAUAAAUGUCAAAAAGCAUGUUGUUUCAACGUUGCAUUUGUGUUCUAAAAUACUUGUUGGGAAAUUACCAAAUUUCAAUGGUCAAACCAACGUCGGAACCCAACAUUGAUUAAACGUUGUCAAAAAGCAUGUUGUUUCAACGUUGUAUUUGUGUUGUAGAAUAUUGGUUGGGAAAUGACCAAGUUUUAAUGGUCAAACCAACGUCAGAACCCAACAUUGAAUACACGUCGUCAAAAAUCAUGUUGUUUCAACGUUAGGUUUGAGUUGCUCAACAUCAGGACAUAAUUCAACAAGUUCUCAACGUUUCAAUAUCUUGUGCCUGCUGGGAUUCUGAUUCCUGGGGUGACGAUUCGAUUCCGAAUCCAUUCUCGAUUGAGCACAAUUUUCGAUUCAAACAGUAAUGUAUCAUUUGGUAUAUUUAUAAUGAAACAGGUUACCGUUUAGAAUGUCACACCAAAAGGUUAGGAUAACAUUUUGGGAUUCAAAACUAAAUGACCAAAAAUCCCAAUAAAAAUCUGCAUGUUGUUUAAUGAAAACUAAUGCCCCAAAAAUAAUACAAAAAAUGUGACAAUACAAUUUUUUGGAUUUAAAAAAAUCCCACUAAAAAUCUGUAUGUAAUUUUAAAAAUAAAUGCCCAAAAAAUUGAAAACUUAAAAAUGUCAUACCAAAAAUGUUAGAAUACAUUUUUGGGAUUUAAAAAAAUUCCACUAAAAAUCUGUAUGUAAUUUUAAAAAUAAAUGCCAAAAAAAUAAAAAAUUGAAAACUUAAAAAUGUCAUACCAAAAAUGUGAGAAUACAUUUUUUUGGAUUUAAAAAAAUCCCACUAAAAAUCUGUAUGUAAUUUUAAAAAUAAAUGCCCAAAAAAUAAAAAAUUGAAAACUUAAAAAUGUCAUACCAAAAAUGUUAGAAUACAUUUUUGGGAUUUAAAAAAAUCAGACUAAAAAUCUGUAUGUAAUUUUAAAAAUAAAUGCCCAAAAAAUAAAAAAUUGAAAACUUUAAAAUGUCAUACCAAAAAUCUUAGAAUACAUUUUUUGGAUUUAAUAAUAAAUGACAAAAAAAUCCCAAUAAAAAUCUGCACGUUUUUUAAUGAAAACAAAUGCCCCAAAAAUAACAUACAUUUUUUUAAAUGUAAUACAAAAAAUGUGAGAAUACAUUUUUUGGAUUAAAAAAAAUCCCACUAAAAAUCUGUAUGUAAUUCUAAAAAUAAAUGCCCAAAAAAUAAAAAAUUGAAAACUUAAAAAUGUCAUACCAAAAAUGUUAGAAUACAUUUUUUGGAUUUAAAAAUAAAUGACAAAAAAUCAAAUAAAAAUCUGUAUAUUGUUUAAUGAAAACAAAUGCCCCAAAAAUAACAUUAAAAAAUUUAAAAUGUAAUACAAAAAAUGUGAGAAUACAUUUUUUGGAUUUAAAAAAAUCCCACCAAAAAUCUGUAUGUAAUUUAAAAAUAAAUGCCCCAAAACUAAAAAAUUUAAAACUUUUAAAAUGUCAUACAAAAAAUGUUAGAAUACAUUUUUUGGAUUUAAAAAUAAAUGACAAAAAAAAUCCCAAAAAAAUCUGCAUGUUUUUUAAUUAAAACAAAUGCCCCAAAAAUAACAUAACAUUUUUUAAAUGUAAUACAAAAAAUGUGAGAAUAAUUUUUUUGGAUUUAAAAAAAUCCCACUAAAAAUCUGUAUGUAAUUUAAAAAUAAAUGCCCCCAUUUUUUUUUAUUUUUUUUUAAAAUGUCAUACCAAAAAUGUUGGAAUACAUUUUUUGGAUUUAAAAAUAAAUGACAAAAAAAUCCCAAAAAAAUCUGCAUAUUGUUUAAUGAAAACAAAUGCCCCAAAAAUAACAUUAAAACAUUUAAAAUGUAAUACAAAAAAUGUGAGAAUAAAUUUUUUGGAUUUAAAUAAAUCCCACUAAAAAUUUGAAUGUAAUUUAAAAAUAAAUGCCCAAAAACUUUAAAAUUUAAAACUUUAAAAUGUCAUACCAAAAAUGUUAGAAUAAAUUUUUUGGAUUUAAAAAUAAAUGACAAAAAAAUCCCAAAAAAAUCUGCAUAUUGUUUAAUGAAAACAAAUGCCCCAAAAAUAACAUUAAAACAUUUAAAAUGUAAUACAAAAAAUGUGAGAAUAAAUUUUUUGGAUUUAAAUAAAUCCCACUAAAAAUUUGAAUGUAAUUUAAAAAUAAAUGCCCAAAAACUUUAAAAUUUAAAACUUUAAAAUGUCAUACCAAAAAUGUUAGAAUACAUUUUUUGGAUUUAAAAAUAAAUGACAAAAAAUCCCAAUAAAAAUCGGCAUGUUGUUUAAUGAAAACAAAUGCCCCAAAAACAUCAUUAAAAAAUUAAAAUGUAAGACAAAAAAUGUGAAUACAUUUUUUGGAUUUUAAAAAAUCCCACUAAAAAUCAAUAUGUAAUUUAAAAAUAAAUUACCCAAAAAAAUGUUUUUGAAAACUUUAAAUGUCAUACCAAAAAUGUUAGAAUACAUUUUUUGGAUUUAAAAAUAAAUGACAAAAAAUCCCAAUAAAAAUGUGCAUGUUGUUUAAUGAAAACAAAUGCCCCCAAAAUAACAUAAAAAAUUUUAAAAUGUGACUUGCAUGGCAGCUCCUGCCAUCAGUGUGUGAAUGUGUGUGUGAAUGGGUGAAUGUGGAAAUACUGUCGAAAGCGCUUUGAGUACCUUGAAGGUAGAAAAGCGCUAUACAAGUAUAUCCCAUUUAUCAUUUAUACCAGUAAUGUUAGAAUACAUUUUUUGGAUUUAAAAAUAAAUGACUAAAAAUCCCAAUAAAAAUGUGCAUGUUUAAUGAAAACAAAUGCCCCAAAAAUAAGAAUUAAAAAAUUAAAAUGUAAUACAAAAAAUGGGAGAAUACAUUUUUUGGAUUUAAAAAAAAUCCCACAAAAAAUCUGUAUGUAAUUUUAAAAAUAAAUGCCCAAAAAAUAAAUAAUUGAAAACUUAAAAAUGUCAUACCAAAAAUGUAAUUUAAAAAUAAAUGACAAAAAAUCCCAAUAAAAAUAUGCAUGUUUUUUAAUGAAAACAAUUGCCCCAAAAAUAACAUUAACAAAUUUCAAAUGUAAUACAAAACAUGUGAGAAUAAAUUUUUUGGAUUUAAAAAAAUCCCCCAAAAAAUCUGUAUGUAAUUUAAAAAUAAAUGCCCAAAAACUAAAAAAUUGAAAACUUUUAAAAUGUCAUACCAAAAAUGUUAGAAUACAUUUUUUGGAUUUAAAAAAAUCCCACUAAAAAUCUAUAUGUUAUUUAAAAAUAAAUGCCCCCAAAUUUAUUUUUUUAAACUUUAAAAUAUCAUACCAAAAAUGUUAGAACACAUUUUUUGGAUUUAAAAAUAUUUGACAAAAAAUCCCAAUAAAAAUCUGCAUGUUGUUUCAUGAAAACAAAUGCCCCAAAAAUAACAUUAAAUGAUUUUUAAAUUUAAUACAACAAAUGUGAGAAUACAUUUUUUGGAUUUAGAAAAAAUCCCACAAAAAAAUCUGUAUGUAAUUUUAAAAAUAAAUGCCCAAAAAAUUCAAACUUUAAAAUGUCAUACCAAAAAUGUUAGAAUACAUUUUUUGGAUUUAAAAAUAAAUGACAACAAAUCCCAAUAAAAAUCUGCAUGUUGUUUAAUGAAAACAAAUGCCCCAAAAAUAACAUUGAAAAAUUCAAAUGUAAUACAAAAAAUGUGAGAACACAUUUUUUGGAUUUAAAAAAAAUCACACAUAAGUGCCCAAAAAAUAAAAAAUUGAAAACUUAAAAAUGCCAUACCAAAAAUGUUAGAAUAUAUUUUUUUGGAUUUAAAAAUAAAUGACCAACAAUUCCCCUAAGUGCAUGUUGUUUAAUGAAAAGAAAUCCCCCAAUAUUGGGAAAAAGUUAAAAAAGUGAAUGACAAAAAAAUCUAAAGAAAAAUUUUGACUCUUGCAUGACAGGAUAAUAAUGUCUGUUUUUCAGCGUUGAAAUGCGACUAUUGUGUGAUAGAAACACACCUCUCGCACAAAGCGUGCAGAUUGACGGGGAUUAGCGACAAAACGUAAUUUGGAUCGGCGCUUCAGCUUUAAUGUCAUCAAAAAAAGUAAUCUCCGCUUUUGUUUUCUCUCAUCUUUGAUCUCAUUUCUUGGCACAGAGUCCAACAUGAGCGGCGGGCGGGGGCGUCUUGGUCAGGACAUGGACGACAUCAGUGUUUGAAGCAAACAGGUGAAGAAGAGUGGGGCACGCGUUACUUUGUUGUUCAUUAAAGCUGGCAGCUCAUCACCGCCCCACCGGAAGCUUCCGUCCCCGCGUCGGCCAUGCUGGAUCGCCUGUCGCGACGUUCCCGCUCCCUGCUCUCUCUGACCCUGACCUCUCUGGCCCUGGCGCUGUCCAUCCUGGCGCUGUGCACCUCCUACUGGUGUGAGGGCACACACAAGGUGGUCAAGCCCCUCUGCCUGUCGCCCGUCAAGAUGAAAAACUGCGGGCAGAACAACAGCGAGCCUUACACCACAGAGAGCCCGACCCAGAACCCUUUCAACCGCACCUUGUCCCCGGCCAGACGUGACGAGCUGGCCAAGAUCCGCCAGAGGCAGAUGGCCAACGCCGUGCACUACAUCUGGGAGACGGGCGAGGACAAGUUUGCCUUCAGGUACUUCCACACCGGCUUUUGGGAGAGCUGUGAGAAGCACAGUGAUGGGGAGAAAUGCAGGAGUUUUAUCGAGUUAACUCCAGGAGAGACACAGGGUGUGCUCUGGCUGUCUGUCAUCUCGGAGUUCACGUACAUCGGCCUGCUGGCUAUGGGCUUCCUGCUCAUGUGGCUGGAAGUUCUCUGCGCUCACAAAGAAAUGCACUCGCUCAAAAUCAGUGCCUACGCUGCCAUGUGCACCGUGCUCUCAGGUCUGCUGGGCAUGGUGGCCCACAUGAUGUACACCACGGUGUUCCAGAUGACCGUCAUCGUUGGCCCCAAAGACUGGAGACCUCAAUCCUGGGACUACGGCUGGUCUUUUGCACUGGCCUGGCUGUCCUUCAGCUGCUGCAUGGGCGCCGCCGUGGUGACGCUCAACUCCUACACCAAGACCGUCAUCGAGCUGCGCCGCAAGCAGAGGCUGCGCCUGGAGGAGGCACGGGCCGCCACCCGCGCCCCCUGCUACGAGGAGGCGGUCUCGGGGCGGGACGGCGGCUUCUACUCCGUCAGCGGCCUGCUGCACUGUCCCGACGGCGUGGUGGACGUGGCGUGGGCGCCCGACGGCAGCAUUGUGGGCGGGGCCAACGGCGACGUGCCCACGCUGGUUUUAGUCGGCGGCUGCGGGCCCGAAGGAUGCGAGGACUGCGAGAGAGAGAUGGACCAAAUGGACCAGGUGGUGGUGGACAAGAUGGACUCUCCUUGCUGACAAGUACAGUAGAUGGACUUAUUCCACUUAAUAUCACUGUCAUGCAGGACCUAUUCCAUUUAAUAUCACUGUCAUGAAGGACUUAUUCCACUUAAUAUCACUGUCAUGCAGGACCUAUUCCACUUAAUAUCACUGUCAUGAAGGACUUAUUACACUUAAUAUCACUGUCAUGCAGGAAAUAUUCCACUUAAUAUCGCUGUCAUGCAGGACUUAUUCCACUUAAUAUCACUGUCAUGCAGGAUUUAUUCCACUUAAUA